AUGGCUACAGUAUCGCUCGUCCAACGCUUGAGAUCGUCUACAUUCGUCCUUGUUCUCCUAGGCGCUGGAAUCUCAGCGCCAUCCGACAUCCCCACCUUCGCGGAGCUGCGAGAAUGGAGAGGAUACCCGUGUCAAUGGCUGAAUUCAGCCGCCGCAUUUGAGCAACAGCCGGUGCUCGUCUGGUUCUUCUUCGAAACACUGCGCCAGAUCAUGUGUCGUGCGGAGCCAAACGAUGCGCAUCGCUCUCUGACUGAGCUUGCCGGGAUGAAACCUCACCUCCUCACUAUUAGUCAGAACAUUGAUGACCUCUGUGAACGAGCAGGUCACCUACCACCUCAACUAGUUCCUAUCCACGGCUCCAUUUUCAUGAUGACAUGCUCACGUCCGGGCUGUACCUACACCAGUCGCAGUCCCAGCCUCGAGCCGGCUGUACCGUCUUUGGUUUUGCCGACUUACGACAUUUCGAAUAGCAAGACACCUUUACCAACCCUGGAGAUUUCUGAGCUACCGCAUUGUCCCGCGUGUCGGACGCAUCUGCUCCGCCGUGGUGUGGUGCGAUAUAGGGAACUGCUUCCAGCGGGAAGCUUAGAUGCAAUAGACAGGUGGUUUGGUGCAGUACCACGAGUCGACUUGAUGCUUGUAAUUGGGACUUCGGCAGAACUAUCAAGCCAGUUCAUUGAUGAUGCUCGACUCAGAGGGGCUUCUAUUGCCCACUUCAAUCUCCAAUACCAGGAUCAGAUCGUGGAAGAUGAGGACCUUUUCAUACAAGGAGACGUUAGCACCACUUUGCGACCGGAGCAUGACUAG